UUAGCCCCAAGCUUCCGUUUUUCUUCAUCUUUUUCUUUUUUCACAAUCUCAAACCCAUACAGGGUAAAGAAGCACAAGGAGGCAGAAAGAGGAGAAGGGGCUUAUGUUCUUGCUUUCGCAUUGAUUUGAUUAAUAAACACAGAUAUGCUGAGGUUUAUCAUCCUUUUGUCCUUUUUUAUACACUCAUGUGUUGGGGCUCCCAGGGCUCCUGCUGCUGCCGCGGCUGUUCCUGCCAAGAAAUGGCUCACCCUUAACGGACUAGAGCCUGCGGUUGUCGCUAGAGGCGGAUUCUCUGGUCUUUUCCCGGAGUCAAGCGCCCCUGCAAACGACAUGGCUGUUAGCACCAGCUCGCCUGGCCUCACGAUGUUAUGCAACCUUCAGAUGACUAAGGACGGUGUGGGUCUUUGCUUGUCAGAUAUCAGACUUGACAAUGCAACCACCAUCUCAACGCUCUUCGCCAAAGCCCAAAAGACUUACAAGGUCAACGGUCAGGACCUCAAGGGAUGGUUUGUCAUUGAUUACGAUGCCGAAACCAUCUUCUCCAAUGUCUCUCUCAUCCAGAACAUCUUCUCUCGUCCCAGCAUCUUCGACGGCCAAAUGCCGGUUUCCGCUGUGGAGGACGUCCUCGGAACCAAGCCUCCCAAGUUCUGGUUGAGCGUUCAGUACGAUGCCUUCUACAUGGAACACAAGUUAAGCGCAGCCGAGUACUUAAGAAGCUUGCAAUUCCGCGGCAUUAAUGUCAUCUCAUCUCCGGAGAUCGGUUUCUUGAAGAGCAUAGGGAUGGACGCAGGCAGAGCCAAGACAAAGCUCAUCUUCGAGUUCAAAGAACCUGAGGCAAUUGAGCCCACCACCAACAAGAAGUACAGCGAACUUCAACAGAACCUCGCAGCAAUCAAGGCCUUUGCUUCAGGCGUUCUUGUACCCAAAGACUACAUUUGGCCCGUUGACACGGCUAAGUACCUUAAACCCGCCACCACCUUUGUGGCUGAUGCUCACAAAGCCGGUCUAGAGGUCUAUGCUUCUGGUUUUGCCAAUGACAUGCGCACCAGCUUCAACUACAGCUUUGAUCCCUCAGCUGAGUAUCUCCAGUUUGUGGACAAUGGCCAGUUCUCUGUUGAUGGCAUCAUCACCGAUUUCCCGCCAACAGCAUCACAAGCCAUUAGUUGCUUUUCUCACCAAAAGGGCAAUCUCCCCAAAAUAGGGAAUGCGUUAGUUAUAACUCACAAUGGAGCAAGCGGGGACUAUCCAGGCUGCACUGAUCUGGCUUACGAGAAAGCAGUCAGUGAUGGAGCAGACGUGAUUGACUGUUCUGUUCAGAUGUCCAAAGACGGAAUUGCUUUCUGCCAUGAUUCUGCAGACCUCACAGCAAGUACCACCGCUAUGACUACCUUCAUGUCCCGAGCCACCAGUGUUCCUGAGGUCCAGCCUACCAACGGCAUUUUCUCUUUUGAUCUCACCUGGGCUGAGAUUCAAUCUGUGAAGCCACAAAUUGGGAACCCCUUCACUUCCACGGGCUUCGUAAGAAACCCAGCAAACAAGAACGUUGGGAAGUUCACAACUCUUACUGAAUUUCUUGAAUUCAGCAAAGCAAAGAAAGUUCCCGGAGUUAUGAUCAACAUAGAGAAUGCUGCUUAUUUAGCCUCAAAGAAAGGCUUAGGAGUUGUUGACGCAGUUAAGUCGGCUCUGGCCAAUUCCACACUCGACAAGCAAUCUACUCAGAGGGUUUUAAUUCAGUCAGAUGACAGCUCUGUCCUGGCUAGUUUUGAGGCUGUUCCUCCGUACACCAGAGUCUUGAGCAUUGACAAGGAGAUUGGAGAUGCUCCCAAGCCAUCCAUCGAUGAAAUAAAGAAGCAUGCAGAUGCCGUGAAUCUCAAGAGAACUUCCCUCUUCACCGUCUCCCAAAGCUUUGUCACAGGGAAAACUAAUGUGGUGGAGGAAAUGCACAAAGGGAAUAUCUCUGUUUACGUUUCGGUGCUGAGGAACGAGUACAUCUCCGUAGCAUUCGACUACUUCUCUGAUCCUACGGUUGAGCUUGCAACAUUCAUUGCAGGGAGUGGCGUUGAUGGAGUCAUCACGGAGUUCCCUGCCACCGCUACUAGAUACUUGAGGAGUCCAUGCUCAGAUUUGAACAAAGAUCAGCCCUACGCCAUCUUACCAGCAGAAGCUGGCGCUCUAUUAGCCGUGGCAGACAAGGAAGCACAACCACCGGCUGGUGCCCCGAACCCGCCUCUUGAUGCCAAAGACGUGAUUGAUCCGCCUCUGCCUCCAGUUGCAAAAUUGGAAGCCUCUAAUGAAGCUGAAGGAUCUAAGCCACAUCCCCCUCCUUCAGGCACUGUUGCUAUCGCCGCUAAUCUCGGCCUUUCCUUGCUGGCAAUGCUGGCCUUGGGAGUCCUCUGUGUUGCGUAAAUAUAGAUUGAUGCAAACAGUUUGUAAUAUGAAAUCCUCUUGUUGACACUUAUGCUACAUGUUUUUAUUAUACGUUACUACAAUUUACACACACAUGCACACAACGAUCAAAUGUGCUCUUGACGAUUAGUUCAGAAACUGGAAUCUUGACUAUCUACCAAA